AUUUCUCCGCCUAUCGAUGACUGACAAUCCAGCAGCCUAAUCCUAGAGGUGGAUUCGCAUGGGCAUCGUGUCUGCUGCUCCAUCAAUAUCCUGUCGUGUCAAACGACAAGCCUGCUUUUGCUGGUCAAACAUCCCGAAACCUUGUGGUUGUUGUUUUAAUAGAUUGAUUUUCAGUAUAGAUCUUGAUAUCGCAGACGUUGCGUCGGGACAAUGGACUCUUUCUCGGACAGUAUCCGCCCUCAGAGACUCCAACCGGGGAUCGGAUUUGGUACAUUUGGAUCCACGGGAACUCUGCGCUCGUCCCUCCGUCCAGGGGUGACGGUUCCCAUCGCCCCGCUGCUACCUCCUCCCGCGUCCCUACUAUGUGUGUCCUCGUCCGGGCCACCUCCCCCACCGCCGCCGCUCCAGUUCCACAGCCUGUACGGUACCAUGGGAGGCAUGGGGCUCGGAACAGCCGCCUCUGGACCCGGCAACAACCCGGGGAACCCGGCCGUCCUGAAGGAAGCGGUCGAGGCUGUGGUUCGAAGCUUUGCUAAACACACACAGGGCUAUGGCAGAGUGAACGUGGUGGAGGCGUUGCAGGAGUUCUGGCAGAUGAAGUUGACCCGCGGGGCGGAUCUCCGUAACGGCGCCCUGGUGGUCUACGAGAUGGUCCCGUCCGGCAGCCCGCCCUACGUCUGCUACGUCAGCCUGCCCGGAGGCAGCUGCUUCGGCAGUUUCCAGUUCUGCCCCACCAAGGCCGAGGCCAGGCGCAGUGCGGCUAAGAUCGCUCUGAUGAACUCGGUGUUUAAUGAACAUCCGUCCCGCCGCAUCACAGACGACUUCAUCGAGAAGAGUGUGUGUGAAGCCCUGGCCUCCUUCAACGGGAACAGAGAGGAGGCGGAUAACCCCAGCACAGGAAUAGGGGCGUUCCGCUUCAUGCUCGAGUCCAAUAAAGGCAAAUCCAUGCUGGAGUUUCAGGAGCUGAUGACAGUGUUUCAACUGCUGCAUUGGAACGGGAGCCUGAAGGCCAUGAGGGAAAGGCAAUGCUCCAGACAGGAGGUGCUGGCUCACUAUUCCAACCGGGCGCUGGACGAUGACAUGCGCACCCAGAUGGCCGCCGAUUGGGUGAACCGGGAGCAGGGCGUGGCCGGGGCCAUCGGCCGCGAGCUGGCGUCGACGGAGCGCGAGCUGGAGGAGGCGCGGCUGGCAGGCCGCGAGCUGCGCUUCCACAAGGAGAAGAAGGACAUCCUGAUGCUGGCGGUGGGCCAGCUGAACGCCGCCAACGCCGCCACGCUGCCGUCGCACUAAGCCCCGCCCCCACCGCCGCCAGGCCACCGACAGAACCAACCCUGGCUUCUGCAGGAUGCCGUGACUGCGUACCCGUAUGUGAGCACUGGUCUUUUUAGUGUAACCCGGGGUGAUGUGUCGUACUCCAUUUUGAUUUGCGUCAUGUGUGUGUUUAAAAAGGACCUGAUGUUUACACUAGUUGCGUACAUUUACUUAUUGCCUAUUUUGCCUUAGUUUAAACAGAGAAAAACACAUCUGGACAGUAGGGAUUUGUUUGAGGGGGAAGUUAACAGAAAGGUGGGGUAGACAUUGGGUAGUUUAUGAAAUUAUAAAUUACUGAAUGAAUUAUGCCAGUGCACAAGAUAGUAACUUUCUUGUCGUUUAUAUUGCUAGGGCACUGGUAUAACCUAAGGAGAAACAGACUGAAGGUUGCAAACUUGCAGACUUGUGUUUACCCAACUACGAUGUUGAUGUGAAAAGGGUCCAUUUCUUUGGUUUAACAUAAACACCUGCAUACAACCCCAGACACAUCCUAGAGCCAUGGAGAGCAUAAUGCUUUCCAUUCCCAUCUGUGAAUGUAUUUAUAGAACCCUUUAGGUAAAAAUGGAUCAAACGCCAAGGAAUGACGAAACCAAUUUCUCCCCCUUGGCGCUCAUUAUAUAUGCUUGCUGUUUUCGAGCGAUGACCAGACUGUUUCUGAGGGUGUGCAGCAAAGGAUUUUAGCUGGCUAUCAUCAAAAGCUCAGGUAUUGAAUCAAGACAUCCCUGGGAACAACAUCCUUUCAGGAUUUGAUUACUCUAAUGCCACCGUCAUGUUUCUGGAUCGUGGGCCACAUUAUAGGUAGAAUGUACUGUACAUUUUUAAUACUUUGUACUACGAGGCCUUUGGAGCAAUUUUCCUUAUACUUUCUAUUGUACUUCGUUGCGAAGAACAUGUGUUAGAACCAUUGUGCUUGGUUUUAGUGCUACAAUGUUCCCACAUGGACCGUGGGAGUGUUUGCUUCUGCAGAAUCAAUACGAGGGUUGAGAUUUUAAAAGAAGAUUCUCUGAGCAGCUUGCAGAGCAGUUUGGUAUUUUGUGUGUUGGAGUUCGUUACCUAUUGUGUUUGGUCUGGCUUUCAAACUUGUGAUUCAGCUUUGGAGUCAAGGAGGGAAGAAAUUGUUCGCUUAAAGCUGUCAUGAAAAACCAAACAGUAAUUUCAUCAUCUUCGAGUAUGAUUUGUGAGAUAUGCAGUUAGCCAUCGCUAUGGACCUAUUUCUGCGUUUUUUCUUUUAUAUGAUGUUUUGACAAAUUUGUUGUAUUUACAUUGUGUUUCAUAACAGUAUUGUCUGAUUUAUGAAGGCAUUUGAACAAAGCCUUUUGUGAUCCAUCAGAGCCAUGUUGGUUGGUUGGCAUGUGGCUUUGAUAAAACAGAGGUAUUUGAAGUUAUGUAAGUCACAGAAGGGAAAAUCCAUUUCUCUAGGAUCUUAGCUGCAGUUUAUGGUCAAAGACAUCAACUUUCCCAGCAUAGGAAUAAUAGCAAUAAAAAGACAGCGAUAAAGGUUUUUUACAAUUGCUAUGGAAUGUUGUACUUCUAAAAUAACAUUAUUAAAAGGUACUGCCUUUCAGUUGAACCUAUGGGGUUGUAUCACAUAAUGCCAACAACUCAACAAGUCGUUCUGAGUAACAUGUAUUUGGGGUGUUUUUCUGGCUUACAUAUGGCACUAGUUACAAUCAAGCGGAACUUAUAUCAAAUGUAUUAUUGAAGAAAAGAGGAAAGAACAUACUUUUUUAUUCCAAUUUUGAUAUUCUUUCACAAUAUGGUCACUAUAACUAUGAAGGACAGCACUAUUUGAUAUACUUUUGAGUUUGCGGCAAUAUUGUAAACUUUGCUGAAUUAUGAUUUUUUUUCUGUUUUGUUUGUUAGAAAUGUAAAAAACAUAAUUGCUGACUACAUUUAAAAGGACAUUUUUGAAUGGAAAACAUAUAAAAUAUAUAUUUUAAUAUACUUUAACAACUCUCCCCAGUCCAGUUCAAGAAGAAUGCCAAAACUACCUGUCAAAAUCUUAUCCAUAGCAAAAAGAUUAAAUAAAGUAAUUUGGUAACUGAUUAAUAGACAUUGCAAAAUGAUAUCAGUUGGUGGAAAUCCCAUUAAAUAGGAAUUUAAAAGAUUUAAGUAACAAGGAUAUUGUACCUAUUUGUUUUAGAGUAAGGCAGUACAUAUUCGAUCUACAAUGCUAUGUGCUUUUUUCUGCCGACUGUGAAAUUGUUAUAUUUGAUAAAGCACAACCUCUGUGUUACCAUGGAUAUUGUUUUCCACAAAAAAAGUAAUUGUGAUAUUUUAUAUUGGAUCAUAUUUUCCUGUUACCAUCCAUUUUUAUACAAGGAUAUUUUCAUUGUUUGUCUUUGAUGCAUGACUUUAGAUGUUUUAUAUGUUUUGUUAUUAUUUUUAUUACAGUGUUUCAUAAGACCAUCUUGUGUGUGUUUUGUAUGGCCAAUAUUUGUAUUCCAUGUUUUUACCGAAAGUUUGUAUUGGAAUAACAAAAUAAAAGCAUAUACCAAAGC